UUCUACCUUCCCGUCUGUCUCUCUCCCUCUAUAUAUACACGCCCUCUUGACUUCUCUCUGCCACCGCCAUCCUGAGCUCCAUAAACCCUCCAACAUGAUCUGCAACCUCUCCUUCCUCCUCCUCCUCCUCCUCCUCCUCCCCACUCUUCUUCUUGCUGCGUCACCUUUUCCUCAUGGCGGCAAGGACAAAGCUGAUCUGCAGGUGGCAAGGAUGAGCAGCAAGCCGGGAGAGGACUCCGGCGGGCUGCUCUCGUCGUCCAAGCGCUACGAAGGGUCGUCGGACCUCGUCCACCUGCGGUACCACAUGGGCCCCGUCCUCUCCUCCCCCAUCAACCUCUACCUCAUUUGGUACGGCCCCUGGCCGGCCGCCCUGCAAGCCCCCCUUCGCGACUUCCUGCUCUCCCUCUCCGACCCCACCCCGCCGCCGCCCUCCGCCGCGCAGUGGUGGUCGACCGUCGCCCUCUACUCCGACCAGACCGGGGCCAACGUCUCCCGUCGCGUCGCCGUCGCGGCCGAGGCGCACCUCCCGGGUCUUCCCCGCGGCGCCUCCCUCUCCCGCCUUGACGUGCAGCUCGUCAUCGCCGACGCCCUCGCCGCCGGUUCCCUCCCCGUCGACCACGGUCGCGGCGCUUACCUCGUCCUCACCGCCCCCGGGGUCACCGUCCAGGAUUUCUGCCGCGCCGCCUGUGGCUUCCACUACUUCACCUUCCCCUCCCUGGUCGGUCACACGCUCCCCUACGCCUGGGUCGGCCACAGCGGCGUGCAGUGUCCCGACUUGUGCGCCUACCCCUUCGCCGUCCCCACCUACAUGACCGGCGUCGGGGCCAUGCGCCCCCCCAACGGCGACGUUGGCGUCGACGGCAUGGUCAGCGUGCUCGCGCACGAGCUAGCGGAGCUCGCCACCAACCCCCUGAUCAACGCUUGGUACGCCGGGGAGGACCCGACGGCCCCGACCGAGAUCGCCGACCUCUGCGAGGGGGUCUAUGGCAGCGGAGGCGGCGGGGGAUACACCGGGCAGGUGAGCAAGGACGAGCUGGGAAGAAGCUUCAACCUCAAUGGGAGAAACGGGAGGAGGUUCUUGGUGCAGUGGGUGUGGAGUCCCGUCGUCAAGGCUUGCAGAGGACCCAAUGCCCUGGAUUAGUAGUAGAACAUGUUUCACCACUAGAUCUCCAUCACCUUUAGAUCUGGAACCGGACGGCGGAAUUGGAUUCCCUCCCACUCUACAUACAUAUUUUUUGGAUUCCCCGAGGACUCUCUAUCUCAGUUGCAUGUCCAUAUAAGUAAGCUCUAUAAAUAAAACCAUACGCUACUGUGAGUUUGCAUCGCAA